UGACGGACCAAUCAUCACGGGCCAGACGAAUCAAACUAACCGCCGAAACUUUAAUUUCACACAAAAAAGAAGAGAAAUAAAAGAGGAAAAUCUGAUAUUUACUUCCAGUAUUUAAGAACAUUUUGUGACUAAGUUAAGCGGACAAACGGGAUGGAGGAGAAUUCAUCGAAGCGGAACUGUGCCUCUCUGCCCCUCUCCGCCCUGCGACUCCUCGUCCCCCCGGUCAGACUCGUCUCUGCGGCCGUCUGGCAUACGGUCCAGCAGAAACAUGUGGCUGAUUAUGGGAUGCUUGAGGAGUUUGUUUCCAUGGUUACGGACAUUGUUCCUGAGCUAUUCGCCACUCGCCAGAGGGCCCAACUAGUCCUGGGACUCAGAGCACGGAUGAUUCUGGAGCUGUGCCGGUUUGAAGCGGACUCUGAGCUGGUGCAGCCUCACCUGGACAGAGUGCAACACCUGAUUCAGGAAUGGGUCAGAGAGGCUGGUGCAGAAAAUAGAAAAGUGCCAAACUCUGAGUUUGUGGAUCUGGUUAAAAACUUGCUGAAGAAUCCAGAGGAGAGGGAACACUUCUUUCAGAAAGUCUUUCCUGAAGAGUUUGGACCCAGGUUUGAAGACACUCUUGACACCUUGAUGUGGACGUUUCUGUCCAGACUUGAAGAGUUUCUUCCUCUUCAAAGUUUCCAUCAGGUUUCCUCCAUGUUUGGCGAGGUGUCAUCAGUUUUGGAGGACUGCAUGAACUCUGUCUCCGGAUGUGAAGAGCUCAAAACCCUGCUGCUGUAUCAGAAAGACCUCAGCCGGCUGGAUCACAAUGAUGGCUCCUUGGAUGGGGCCUGCAUCAUUUCAGCUCUCAAACUUCACUCUGUUGACAUAAUGGAUGCCCGAGCACAAGCUGAUGUCUGGGAGAAACCGCUCUCGUGCACGUCCGACCUGGAGAGGGAGUCUUUGGCAUCACUUCACGGAGCGCCGAUAAAGACGGACACAAACCCCGAGGAUCAGACGAGUGACGCGGAGGUCUGUGAAGCUAAUUGGACUCUUCGGGAAGAGGAAACAGCCCUGCCUGGCGGAGAAAUCACCCCUGAGGAAAGCCUUCUGCAAAGGCAAGAAGAGGACGUUUGUUUUAAUAUGAAAGAAUGUCACGUUCAGCUCAAAAGACUGGACUUGCCGCUCUCUGCGCCUUCUCGACCUGUGAGAGCAAACAGAGGGCUGAGGAUGAAAAAGAUUCUGUUGGAGGAGAAGAGAGAUCUCCGUGGAAAGAUUACUCCUGACCCUAAACCUGCUCCGAGAAAGAGAAAAACACGCAACAGGACUCUCUCUGAGGCGUGUGACGAGGAGGAUUCAAACAUGUCGUAUAUUUCUCCCAUCAGUAACUGCAGCGAAGACGACUCGUGGUCUUACUACUCCGACAACGACUCUUUCCAUAAGACUCCGAGUCCGAGUGUGGCUGAUUCAUGGUCUAACUACUCUGAUGACGGGUCUGUCUUUGAGCCUCCGGUCAGGACUUUCACUGACGAGGAGUCUUUGUCAAGCUGCUCGAAUGAAGAGACGCCUUUGGUGGGUGCUGAAAAUGUCUCCAAUGUGAAAGCGAGCGCCACAAAAAAGAAAGUGGAGUGUUUUAUCUGCAAGGAGCUCAUCAACACGAGGCUGAGAACUCACAUGAAAACUCACUUCCCCACCGGCGAUUACGCCUGCCCUCGGUGUGACAGCAGGUUCAAACUCUUGAUGUCUCUCAAGCAGCACUUAAAAAGAACCUGCUUCGAGUACGGGCAGCGGGAGGUGGAUCCGGAGAAGCCGGACCAAUCCAAAAACCUCUACAAGUGUGACAAAUGUGAAGAAGCGUUUAGGUAUAAAGUGUCCCUGCAGAAGCACAACCUGACCCACCACGAGCUGUACUGCAGCGUGUGCAGGAAGGUGUUACGGGACGCAGCAGCGUUGGCGAGGCACAAGGCGUCCCACACGUUGUUUCAGUGUACCCGCUGCGAGGAGACCUUCACGCUCUACAAGCCCUUACUCAAACACUGCCAAAACAUCCACAAAAUCAACAAGCCGUUCAGGUGCAACCGCUGUUCGAAAACGUUUUCCAAGCUGCGCGUUCUGAUCGCUCACGAGUGGAAGCAUACGGGUCACCUCCCGUUCCAGUGCGCCCAGUGCAGCUUGAGGGUGAAAACAGACGCAGAUCUCGUCUCGCACCAACGAGUCCACACGAGAGAGAAGCCUUACCUGUGUGCAGAGUGCGGCAAGACUUUCGCCCAGAGGUCCAACCUGCUGCGACACUUAAACCUCAUCCACAGCGAGUCCCGAAACGAGAAGAAGUACUCCUGCUCUGAGUGUGAGAAAUCCUUCAAAGAGAAAGCCUCCCUGAAGAAACACCAGAGGAGCAAACACUUUGAAACCCUGACGCAGUUAUUCCGCCACCCGUGUCAGUACUGUGGAAAGAUGGUCGCUGCUUCUACCAUCGCCAGACAUAAACUAAUCCACACGGGGGAGAGACCCUUCAAAUGCACCGUGCCCGAAUGUGAGAACUACUUCAGGUCGACCUCUGAGGUGAAGAGGCACGUCCUCAUUCACCACACCACGGAGAGGCCGUAUAAAUGUGACGACUGUGGGAAGGGCUUCGUGAAAAAGUGUUACCUCAACAGUCAUGCUAAGAUUCACUCGGGAGAGAAGCCGUUUGUCUGCCACUGCUGUGGCAAAGCUUUCCUGAAGCUCUACAGCAUGCAUAGACACAAGAGACUGGUACAUACGGUCGAAACAAAGUGAAACUGAGCGCUGAUGGUGCUCUGUUUAUCUGCUGUGUUUCUUGGGCCUGCACUCGCUGUAAAAAGAAGUCUACGACACAAUGAGACUACAUCUCUGUGGAUUCGUAGCCCCCUCAUCUCUUCUUUCAAGUCUUCUUCCACACGCCAUAACGUUCAUUUUGUAAAUGACGGUCCUUUUUAGAGUCAAAAACAGUCACGGUACACGCUGUCUAGUUUGUUCCUUGAAAACGUUUUAGUGCUUGCAACUGACCGCAGGAAGUUUACAAAUAUUUGGUACCUCAUGCUCCUUUUUUUGUCAUGGUCAAAUGACAGAACAGGUAUUGAUCAGUUUUGAUUUUUCCAGAAUAUAUCCAUUCUCUACCACUUAUCCGAGGUCAGUUCUCGGUGGCAGCAGGCUAAGCAAGUUGCCCUAGACGUCCCUCUCCCCUGCAAUGUUUUCCAGCUCCUCCUGGGAGUUCCUGAGGUGUUGUCAGGCCAGACGGGAUUCAUAAUUCCUCCAGCGAGCUCUGGGUCUACCCCUGGAUCUCCUUCCAGUUGGACGUGCCUAAAAGACCUCCCGAGGGAGGCAACCAGGAGGAUCCUGAUCAAGUGCCUGGACCACCUCAACUGGCUCCUUUUAGAUGUGAAGGAGUAGCGGCUCUACUCCGAGCUCCCCCUGAAAGUCUGAGCUCCUCCCCCUCUCUCUAAGGCUGAGCCCAGACACCCUCCAGAGGAAACUUAUUUAAACCGCUUGUAUCCACGAUCUCAUUCUUUCGGUCACUAACCAAAGCUCAUGACCACAGGUCACAAAGAUCGACCGGUAAAUCGAGAGCUUUGGGAUAUAAGGUCUUUACCACAACGGUCCAACGCAGCACUUGCAAUUCUGCUGAUGCUGCACCAAUCCGCCUGUCAAUCUGGCACUAGUACGAUAUCGAAGUUUAAUAUUCUGGUACUGUGACAACCCUACAUUGUAUAGCAGCCUACGCUACAGUAAGAGUAUGAAUGGUUUUUAUCAGUAGGAAGACUUGACUAAAUGACAGCACACCACAAAUCAUUAACCUUUUAUUUUAUAUAUAAUAAUCAAAGCGCCACCUGAAUACGAAGCAGGGCCCGACCGAUUUGGGAUUUUUCGGUCUGAUACUGAAAUCCAUAUUAGGGAGAGAAAAUAAAUCUGAUACAGAUAUAUCAGCUGAUAUCUUUCUUAGAUUUGUCUUCUAGAUGAAUAUAAACACAGUUAUUGUGAUGAUGAAAUGCAGUUAUCAAACACGUGUUGAAAAGAUUUAUAAUGAAGAUGUGAUGGUUACUCAACUGGAAAGUAACUGCUCAUCACCGCUCGACACUGCAGAGUGAUGAUGCUUGUUGUAAUCCAUAUAGCGCCCUCUGCUGGUGACAGUGAACUGCUAGUGUAAUACAAUGAAAAUCAUGAAAUGAUGUUUGACUGGUGAAUAAAUCGUGUAAUAUCGGCGCAUAUUUGCAAUAAAAUAAGCCGAUACCGAUAAUCACUGGACGUGCUAAUAUCGCCAAUCUCGGUCGGGCUCUAAUACCAGGCAGAGGAAUUUAUCCCCCAAUAUCUUUUUCCUUUUCCUAUUUUCUUUUACUAGAGCAUGAAUGCAGAAAUAUAAAAUGAAGAUUUAUUUUGGUUUCAUUUCCUGUAACAAUUGUAUGUGUUAUGUAUAAAGUGGUAACACAG